AUGAAAUCGCCAACAGCUGCUACUGUUCUGAAUUGCUCGGAGUCGGAGAAGUCUCUAGUUCAGCUGUUAAGCUCGUUGAAUCAAGGAAGAGCCCCCGUAAACUCUGUGGCUGCUGAUGUCCAAAGUGUGGAUAGUAGUUACCGUCAGAAUGUUUCAGGCUCGAACGGAAAAGUAGCCGAGAGUGGAUGUAGUGGAGGUCCUGGCAACACCAAGACAGAAGCGUCGUUCCAAGUUGAUUCUGGUCGUGGCAUACUGGACAAUGACUACCAACCAGAACGUCCAUCCCGCGAUCAAGCAUUUGUUUGCUCAACGGCCGCGGUUGACAGCUCGCCUCGUGAUCGCUCGAACGUUGAUGAUCGGUCUAUUGAAGUGAGUAAACUACGAAAGCGAAAAUCUGGUGAGAACGACGCUGAGAAUGGGCUAACGGCACGUGGUCUACCUAACAUGGCGUCUCGAGACGCCUUCAGGGCAGUGUAUCGUGAUGAUAGCGCUGCGAGUCAACAACAUGUUGCUGGUCAGCGUCAACAACAGACAGGGACGAGGCCAUCCUUGAAGCCGGGCGACUGCGAUAAGGAUACCGCUUCCAAGAUUGAGUUGAAAAAGAACCAUUCGUCACAGAGACUACCACCGGCCCAUCGUAGACCAGGGCGUCCGCGCAAAGCACCUUCUGAUGAGACUGCUGCAACGGUGCUAACUCCACAAACGGAGAGAAAAGGGCAUCAAGAUCGUAGAAGUACCACCCCUAGUAAAAGGGGAAGAGGUCGGCCCCCCAAACGCGGCAAGCGAGCAAAAGGUAAUGGCGAAGAGACAACAGGCGACAACUAUAACGAAGAGCAGGAAGGGGGGGAUGGCAAAGAUGAGGAUGGCGCGGAAAGCGAACUAGACGCAAAUCUGGACUAUUGUGAGGUUUGUGAAGGUCCUGGCGACUUAGUUUGCUGUGAUAAGUGCCCGCGUUCUUUCCACCUGAAGUGCCUGCACAUGACGGAGACUGAUCUCCCCGAAGGCGAUUGGCAAUGCAGUGAGUGCAAGAGACCGUCGCGCUUCGACGCAUAUUCUGUGACGGUGGCUUCCGAAAAAACUAUGCAGGAUAAGUGCCUGAAGAUUGUUCAGUGCUUGAAGUCGCAUCCGUUCUCAAAGCAGUUCCUCUCCCCUGUGGAAAACAUCCCGAUGUAUACGCGCGUGGUGAAGCAACCGAUGGACUUGUCUACAAUUGAGAACAAGCUGAAGAAGGGUGCGUACGUUUUGGAUAGCAACACUCUAGCGAAUGGCGUCAAAGAGUUGGAUGCGACGCAUUUUGCCAACGAUGUUCGACUGAUGUGGUCAAAUUGCAAGCUUUUUAAUGAUGAUGGAUCAGGCAUCACGCGGGCAGCCGAUAUUUUGUCAGUUGGCUUUGAACGUCUGUACAAGGAAUCCACCGCACCACCACUGACAGCACAAGAUGGAUGUUGA